AUGGACGUGAACACUGUUUCUAGUCAAUGUCCCGGUUGUUCCGGAACAGACCAUCGCCGAGUUAACAGCCUAAGAUAUCCCAGCAACAGGAAGGUACAGACUUGGUCGCAGAUCAAGAAUAAAUGUUCUAAGCACUUGCAACAUUACGCGACUGUCUUCUGUUCUUAUGAAUAUCAACCCGUUUGUAUCUUUGUUCAGAUCAAUUUAUCAGAAAUUUUUCACAGUCAUGGACUUGUUGGAGACUUGAUAUCAUGCUUAGUUGCAGGUUACCCGACUUUUACCUCAAAACAGCGCACUUGUGAGGCUUGCAUUUUUUUGCUAUUUCUGUUUUUCAAGGGGGGGGAAAUAACGGGAAAGGCUAUAAAUGUAGACGAAGAUCAACGCCCAUCCCUUUCUUUAUAA